UGAAUAUUUACAAACAGGUUCGCACGUGUCGCAUCGCGGCCUGGGCGACGUGAAGCAAUAGUUUCCAUAAUAACUUGAUUACUACCAGCUUCCUAGGCCUAUCCUGUCGCCUGCGAACAGGAUGGGGAGCUACAGCCAGGUGGAGCACACACGGAUAGAGGACAUUGGCUUCAGGAUCUACACUGAAGAUGAGAUCCGUCACAUCUCCCUGGUAGAAGUGACCAAUGACGAAUCCUUCAAUGAACUGGGGCACAUCAUCCCCAGCGGCCUCUAUGAUCUUCGCAUGGGCCCAGUGCCAGGCAGGACUAAAGAUAUUUGUCAGACAUGUGGUAAGACCAAUUUACGCUGCCAAGGACACUGUGGGCACAUAGAGUUGCCACUGCCUGUGUACAAUCCCUUCUUUUAUAAUGUGCUGAACAAAACACUGCGAGGGAUUUGCUGCAACUGUCACAGGAUUCAGGUUCGGGCCCACCAUGUGUUGCUCCUGAAGUACCAGAUGCAGCUGCUGGAUGCCGGAUAUGGCUAUGAGGCACUUGAGCUUGAGAACAUCCUGUCACGCUCUAUAUCCAGCCCCAUGGAGGCCACAGAGGUUGCAGUGGGGAUAGAUGAUAAAGAGCUAUCUCAGAAGGAUGCGGGCAUCGUGGCAGAUCUAAUGAACUUAAAGAAGACCCUUUCCAAGUACUGUGACAAGGUGAUCAGAGGCGGCACCUGCAGCCCGGAGACCUCCACCUCCAUCAUCAAGAAUCUGGAGACAGAAGUAGUGAAGUCCUUCAUCAAGAAGUGUUACUACAGUGAUAAGAAGCGGUGCAUCUUCUGCCACCAGUCCAUUGUCAGGCUCACACUGCAGAACUCGCGUUUCAUCAGGUCCGGAGUGAACAAGAAGGAAAAGGACAAGGACAAGGACAAGGACAAGGACAAGGAUGGACAGACAGAGGAAGUGGAGGCAGAGAGGGAAGAAAGAGAAGAGGAAGGGGGAAAAUGGAGAAGAGAAAUCUAACACCAUUCCUGGAUGCUCAGUCAUAUAUCACUUCAGAACAGGCUAGAGACAUUCUGAGGCAAUGCUGGGACAAGAACCAGGAGGUGCUGGCUGCUCUGUAUCCAGUUCUCGCCACCAGUGAACUUCCGUACCCAACUGACAUCUUCUUCCUCAACACACUCAUGGUGGUGCCUCCAAA